CGCAAUUUGCUUGGCGAAGGAGAUGAUCUGAAGGAGCAAAGUCACUGUCAACCCAGUGGAGAUCGAGAAUAACAUCAGGUCCGCCAUGAGCGAAGAAGGUCCCAAGCUCUACACCAACAAACCCAAGAAAGUUAACGCCACCCACUGUCGUUUUCCGCAUCGACAGCGCAGCUGAAACCGAGCGGGAAGGAGUCCACUUCGCCGCCGUCAGCGGCCGCAGCGUCGUACACGAUGGGGUCGCAGCCGCCGCCCCCGCCCCCUCCCAAGGAGUCCUUUGCCCGCCGUUACAAGUUCCUCUGGCCUCUGCUCUUGACUGUCAAUGCCGCCGUUGGAGUUUACCUGUUCAUGAGGACCAACAAGAAGGACAAUACCACAGAGGAAGAAGAUUCCAAAGCUAUAUCCUCAACUGCAGUGUCUACGAUUACUCCUGCUACUGAGAAACCUGUACCUGUGCCAAUCAUCACAGAACCUGUGAAACCACGAGAGCCAAUUCCAGAGGAUAAACAACGUGAACUCUUCAAGUGGAUACUGGAGGAGAAGAGGAAGAUCAAACCAAGAGAUCCUGAAGAAAGGAAGCGCCUUGAUGAGGAGAAAGCCACUCUCAAACAGUUCAUUCGUGCAAAGUCUCUGCCGUCCAUUUGAUGGAUUGCCUUGCUACUCGUCGUGCCGUAGGGCUAGUCGGACUAAGCAACCCUUUCUUUCAGAUUUGGAACUUUUGUUGCUCAAUCUGAAUGAAUUUCGUGAUUGAAGAACUCAUUCUCGGGGAGAUUGAAUCAUCAUCCUCUGGACGGUAUUUUCCCUGAAAUUCGGUCGGUUCAUUUGCUUGUACAUGUCUUCUUUUGAAAAAUAUUGAUGGUAAAAAGCUUCUCA